AUCCACCGGUAAAGUUGAGCAGAUUCCCUAUGGUGAAAGAAUCACUCUGCGCCCAGACCCAAUGCCGGAAAGAUCACAUGAGGCAGAGCAUCCUAGCCAACGUGAUCGUUACGAAAGAGAUCGGGAACGCGAGCCCUACUUUGAUCGGCAGAGCAACGUGAUGACGGACCACCGGGAUUUCAAAAGGGAGCGGGACGUGCAUAGGGACCGAGACCGCGCCGUCGUCGACUACGACCGGGAGCGAUUCGACAGAGAUCGCCGUCCGCGGGAGGACAGAACGCAGUCUUACCGUGACAAAAAAGAUCAUUCUUCUUCAAGGCGGGGAGGCUUCGAGCGGCCACCGUAUGAACGGAAAUCAGACCGACCGGCCUAUGACCACGGACCGCCCUUGUUUGGAGGAGAUCGGAGAAAUUACCCCGAGGAGCGGAUGCCGCUCUCAGCCCCCCCGCUGAGCCACCAGCCCCCUCCUGCCCCAAGACUAGAGAAGAAACCGGAAUCGAAGAACGUGGACGAUCUCCUGAAGCCGCCGGGCCGAGAGAGCAGACCCGAGAGGAUUGUGGUCAUCAUGAGAGGCUUACCUGGUAGCGGGAAGACCCACGUGGCAAAACUUAUCCGAGAUAAGGAGGUAGAGUGUGGGGGACCCGCGCCCAGAGUCCUCAGCCUGGAUGAUUAUUUCAUCACCGAAGUGGAAAAAGAAGAGAGAGACCCAGAUUCUGGAAGGAAGGUGAAGAAGAAGGUGAUGGAAUAUGAGUACGAAGCGGACAUGGAAGAGACGUAUCGCACCAGCAUGUUCAAAACCUUCAAAAAGACCCUGGAUGACGGCUUCUUCCCCUUCAUCAUCCUGGAUGCCAUCAAUGAUCGAGUGAGGCACUUUGACCAGUUCUGGAGUGCAGCAAAAACCAAGGGUUUCGAGGUUUAUUUAGCCGAAAUGAGUGCGGACCACCAGACCUGCGGCAAACGGAACAUCCAUGGGCGCAAGCUUAAGGAAAUCAAUAAGAUGGCCGAUCACUGGGAAACAGCGCCGCGGCAUAUGAUGCGCCUGGAUAUCCGUUCCUUGUUACAAGAUGCUGCUAUAGAAGAGGUUGAGAUGGAAGAUUUUGAUGCAAAUAUCGAAGAGCAGAAAGAAGACAAGAAAGACGCAGAGGAAGAGGAAAGCGAACUGGGAUACAUUCCGAAAAGCAAAUGGGAGAUGGAUACAUCUGAGGCAAAGCUAGACAAGCUGGAUGGCUUACGGACGGGCACUAAAAGGAAGCGCGACUGGGAGGCGAUUGCCAGCAGGAUGGAGGAUUACCUUCAACUCCCCGAUGACUAUGACACCCGUGCUUCCGAACCCGGAAAGAAGAGGGUGAGAUGGGCCGAUCUGGAAGAAAAGAAAGAUGCCGACAGGAAGAGAGCCAUAGGCUUUGUCGUUGGACAGACCGACUGGGAGAAGAUCACGGAUGAAAGUGGUCACCUCGCCGAGCGAGCCCUCAAUCGCACCAAAUACAUUUGAGACGUAGCCAUUAAGUGGAGUCCUUCUACCUGCGAAGGAGGUUUGUGUAAGGCGAAUUGAAGCUGAAGCUGCAUGGAGAUCCUUAGCGGGUCACAGCGUUUCUGAGUUCUGUUUUUCUCUGCUUUUUUGUCCUCCCCACCCCCCCUUCCCUCCCCCCAGCCCCUUACCUUCUUGUUUUUGUUUUUGCUGCUUUAAUUUCUGCAAGUUCUUUUAAAUAUCAGCAGGGGAUCUCCAAAACCCCCAAGGGGAAUGAUUAGAGUCUUGCUUCACCAAAG